AUGUUAAACAGAGGCCUCAAUGUAAAUCUCUUAACGCUACCUUGUGAAACGUGCAAUUAUUCCCAGUUCUCUGACCAACAUUUUUCCUAACAUCAACAUAACUAAAACAGAUUGUUUGGUCAUUAAAACGUUGCAUUUCAGGGGACCUUGCAUUCUGCAAAUGGACUGCCUCGUUUCUUUAACAACCAACAGCUGCCACACUUCAGAAUCAGGUCUGAAGAAGGCUCGAACCAAAACGUCGCCCAUUCCUUCUUUCCAGAGAUGUCACGCUGAGUGACUCCAGCAUAUUGUGUCUAUGUAAACCAGCAUCUGCAGUCCCUUCCUACACACUUCAGAGGUACUUUAUUUGCUGUACAGUAACUAAGAAUGUUCCAAAUGAGAUGUACAUGGUACUUUAUCAAUGCAAUCAAAAGGAACUGCAGAUGCUAGUUUAUACCAAAGAUAGACACAAGAUGCUGGAGAAACCCAGCAGCACCUCUGGUGAAAACAGACAAGCAGAACUCAGACAGCUCUGCCAGCCUAAAGACGAGGCCUAGAGGAGCGGGGAUGCAGACCUCUACACGGAGGCCAAGUACAAGCUGAGAAGAGGAAUCCGAGCUGCCAAAGAAAGAGAACCACUUCGUAAAGACCGUUUGGAAAUCUUGCUACCGAUUGAUUCAGCUGGAGCCUGGCAUUGACAAGAGAUUAUAGCAUUCGUGAAGCUACAGAAAAAAACAAUGGCAUUAAUUAGAAAAAUUAAUCAGGGCUUGCUGCUCUUAGUAAUUCUGACAUUUUGCCUGGUGCUAUAUAACAAAUUUCACAACACGCCGCUCUAUGAGGAAGUAUCAGCUGAAGAACCUGAUUUUGAAACUCCACAUAGUUCAGUCCACACAGUGGAGGAGAGCAGGGCAGAUGCAGCAGAAGGUUUAAUACCGAUCAUAAUAUGUGCGACGGAUGACCGAAUGGGAGGAACGAUAGCAACAAUCAACAGCAUCUAUAAGAACACUAAAGCCAAAGUCUUUUUCUACAUAAUUACUCUGAGAGACUCUCUCAGCCAUCUAAGCAAAUGGAUUGAGAGCACAGAAUUGAAAGGCAUACAGUACAAGAUAAUGGAAUUCAACCCUGCUAUACUGGAGGGGAAAGUAAGACCAGAUUCUGCAAGGCCCGAGUUACUGCAGCCUCUCAACUUUGUCAGAUACUUCAUUCCUUAUCUCAUUCGUGAUCACGAGAAGGUGAUCUACUUGGACGAUGAUAUCAUUAUACAAGGCGAUAUCCAGGAGCUGUACAACAUUGUCCUGAGUCCCGGACACGCUGCUGCCUUCUCGACGGAUUGUGAUUUGACCUCAACUCACGAGAUGGUCAGGAGCAUGGGAAUGCAGACAACGUACAUGGGACACUUGGAUUACCGGAAGGCAACAGUCCGAGCUCUGGGGAUAAAUCCCACCACCUGUUCUUUUAAUGUCGGUGUCUUCGUUGCAAAUGUCACAGAGUGGAAGCGGCAACGAAUAACAAAGCAGCUGGAAAAGUGGCUGGUGGCAAAUGUGGAGGAGAAUCUAUACAGCAGUGCAUUGGGUGAAGGAGUGGUGACCCCUCCCAUGUUAAUAGUGUUUCACGAGAAGCACACAGUAUUGAAUCCGUUGUGGCAUAUUCGCCACCUGGGUUGGAGCCCUGAUGCCAGAUAUUCAGAACAUUUCCUUACUGAAGCAAAGUUGCUGCAUUGGAAUGGAAGAUUUAAACCCUGGGAUUAUCCCACUGCACACAUGGAAUUUUGGGAAAGAUGGUAUCUUCCCGAUCCCACAGGGCAGUUCAGACUAGUGCGACCCAACAUUUAAGACCUGCGCUACCACUUAUUUUUAUUCGACCUAACAAACUAGUUUACCAAAUGUAAUUCCCAGUAGUUAACCUUUUUUUUAAAUUUGAAAGUAAAGAUAAUCUUUAUAGUUGAUCUUUUCUGCUUUUGGUAGGUACAUUUUCAGAAAACAAAUUUAUGCAAUCAAAGCAUAAUUAAAUUGAAUUUCAAUAGCUUAAAAAAAAAUGGAACAAAUGGGCAUGAUUUUCACAAUCAGUCCGUGGGGAUGUCAAGGCACACCUCACAAAAUAAAGUGAAAUUCAGAGAUAAA